AUGUCUGCAUCACUAAGCGAGAAAGCCAGAGGAAAGCAGCGCGAAGACCCGGAAGCCGCGGAACCAGAACCGCCGCCAACCAAAGACCUCACCAUCCGGUUCACUGAGGGUAUCCCUGACCUUACGGUGCAGGUCGCGGAGAAAGAUACGGUCACGGACGUGAAGAACAGUAUUCGUCAAGCUAGGCCAGAUUUGGCGGACAGGCGACUCAGGCUCAUCCACGCUGGGCAACUACUAGCAGACAGCACUCAGCUCUAUUCCCGAAUUGCAUCUGUGGAGCAGCGAAGACGAAGGCCAACGUCCUCGGCGGGAAGCAGCAACGACGCCGACAAUCGAAGCGAAGAGGCGGCUGCAUCGAGUGCGCCGACAUGGCUGCACUGCUCUGUUGGGCCGAAGUUGCAGGAUGGGGAAACGGACGAGGGGAGAAUGCAGACUGCGCAAUUGAAACCGCUGCGGGGGUUCGACAGGCUCUCUGCGGCAGGCUUCUCUGAGGCGGACAUUGCGAACAUCCGACUGCAGUUCCACACCCACUCUGCAGGGGACUACUUGGAUCAAGAGUUUGAUGACCAGGAGGACUUCGACGAGCAUGCGCGCCAGCUGGAAGAGCAAUGGAUCGAUUCCCUCGACGGCGGAAAUAGCGCGUCACUUGCCAACUCGCAGCCGGCUACAACCCAAUUUCAUAACGGCAUCGUCUUGGGUUUCUUCUUUCCCCUCAUACCCGUAUUUUUCUUUAGGGCAACCAAGCCGGCGAUAUUCUGGGAUGACGACUCGGAGUAUGAAACCGUCUCGCAACCCGUGUUCUCGCGGAGGAUGCAGAUGGGCAUCGUAGUCGGGUUCCUACUGAACGCCUUGUUCGGGAUGUGGACGUACUUACUUUCCUCGUAG